AUGUCAGAAUUUGAUUUUGAAGUGGUUGGUUCAUGUCAAGGACUAUUGUGCAUAAGUGAUUACCCGUUUAGUGAUUCACUUUAUGUGUACAAUCCUUUUACAAAGGACUAUAAAGAGCUGCCUAUAUCAAUAGAAUUUGAGGUGCAAAAUUUGGUUUUUGGAUUUGGUUUUCAUCCUGUUACCAAAGAGUACAAGGUGAUCAAGAUCAUAAAUUAUAAUGUUGAAGUAUUUAGUGUUGGUAGCAACAGAUGGAGAAGUAUUGGGGAAGUUGUUUAUCAUUUUGAUCCGAUUUCUCAAGGAAUUAUGUUAAAUGGGAAGAUGCAUUGGGUUACUCGGUCUGGAAAUUAUUACGGCCCAGUGAUGUGGCAGGCCUUACUUAGGAAGGAAGAUAUGAGAGACUUGGUGGAGUUAAAGAAUUCCUUCAAACAAAGAUCUUCACGUCUCGAUUCCAACGGCACCCAAGGCAGUGCAGAACCAAACAGGCGUUUAUGUGCUUUAGUCCAUUUAACUUUAGGUGGAUUCUUCUUCAUCUUAAAGUUCUUGUGA